ACGGCCGCGGCGCGCACCGGUAGGAACACCGACAAACGGUAUGCGACCGUCCGGCAGUCGUCGUGUUCGGGCGGCACGCGCUCUUGCCCGUUGGUCGAUGCGUGCGCCGAAUACGAUUCCUAUCCGCGUGGUACCGUUAUCGUCGCGCACCGCCUUCUUCGCCGGUUCGAAAACGAACAAUGUUUACUGAUCACUGCGUUAGUAACGCAUAUUUUAGAUAGCUCACUCGAACGAGUUGUUAUGGCGACGAAAACGAACGACGGCCGCGCCGACCAUAACAUACGCGUGAUGCGCGCACGACGUGUAACCGAACGGUCUGAAACGCGCGCCCGAGUUCCGACGCGUAAAAAUAAAUAAUCUUCCGCUUUUGUCGGACGGCGCUCGCCCCUCGUCGUGUAAGCAGCGUUGUACCCUUUUACCCUUCCGUCCGUGCCCCGUUACGAGUUGCAGUCGUCGGCCCCGUCAACACCGGCGCGAACAAAAAUCGAUUCUUUCCACCGCCUCUGGACGGAGUCAACGGUCCCGUCGUCGUCGUGGUCGACUACCCCGUGCGCACAACACGUACGUACUCGGUCCCGCGCGACUGGCACAUAUUUCCGACGGACGCGGCGACCUCGAUAACGUGCACCGCUCUACGGUCAUCGUCGCGUCCGAUUAUGCAACUGUUGAGUAGCCCGACACGUCAGCCAUUGCACUGCCAACGUUUUAUGGGAGCCGGCUCACUGAUCGUCUAACAUGGCUCGAGAACCGGUACUUGUGCACGUCUACGAUAUGUAUUGGAUCAAUGAAUACACAACACACAUGGGACUUGGUGUAUACCAUUCAGGCGUUGAAGUGUAUGGUCAAGAAUAUGGCUAUGGAGGACAUGAUAGAUCAGAUUCAGGGAUUUUUGAUAUGAUUCCAAAAGAUGUUUAUGAAUUGGGAGACCAUUAUAGAUACAGAGAAUCUAUAUAUAUUGGUCACACGGAUUUUAAUGUCAACGAUGUUAAAAGAAUAUUAACUGAACUUGGUAAAGAUUUUCGUGGAGAUAAAUACCAUUUAAUGAAUAAAAAUUGUAAUCAUUUUUCUGGAUCAUUAACCAAGAUAUUAUGUGGGCAAGAUAUACCAAGUUGGAUAAACAGAUUGGCAUAUGUUAGCUCAUGUAUUCCUUUUUUUCAACGUUGUCUACCAAAGGAAUGGUUAACUCCAAUCUCUCUUCAAAGGAACUUGACUCGAAGAAAAUCCGAUGCUUCUACUGAGCAACUCAAUCCAUAACAUAAUUAUGUUAUUACAUUAUAAUAAUAUAAAUAACAUAAUGUGUGCCAUUCACUUUAAUGUCUACUAAAAUUUAUAAAAAUUAAUUAAUUUAUUUGUAAA